AUGAGCUCAGAUGAUGACUACUAUGACAUUCAUGACACGCCGUACGAUCGUCGUCGCUCGUCACAUCGUCCCCGUCGAAGAGGAUCGGCUCAGUCGCGUCGUCAUCGCAAAUUUGAUGACGGGUACCGUGCAAGAGCAUCUCGUCGUGUUAAAGCUUGGUACUUUCAAGACAGACCCAGGGUUAUGGCUGCCUUCAUGUUUUUUUUUCUCUUGGGCUAUGAAGUUCUAAUACUGAAGGGUCCUCUCACUAUAGCGGGAAAAGAGCGUCCUGCAAAUUACCCUUCGUCGAGACCUGUCGGUCUAACGUCUGCGGAAAGGUCUACUACCACUUCUCAACAAAUCCCACUCGAACACAAUCCUUUAAACCCUAAUACUCAGCCCAGCAGAAAACACAACGACCGUGUCGUGAAAACUAGCGAGAAAAAAAUUGACCAGCACCCCCCAAUAUCCUUGGACGGUGGGAAGACUAUUGCAGAAAGAGUGGAGGCAGCUUCAAAGCCAAAAUAUUCUAAACCGACUGCGGAUUCACCACCAUAUCGGCCUUUGAAAAAACACCGAAGAACAGGUGAGAAAAGAGACUCUGUUAAAGUGCUAAAAGCGAAAGAACCCCGCCCUGCGUCCGCAUUACUAUUGGAGACGAGACCUGCAGAUGCAGAUGACGAGGGCGACCCAGAGGAUCCAGACGUAUCUCCAAAAAAGGCCUCAUCUCGUGGUACGGAAUCCUCUCGUCCUUCUAGACGCGAUAAUAACGCGAGGAAGCGAGACUCAGACGAAGACGUUGAUUUGAAUCCCCCAACUGCUCGGAAACAUUCUAAGCUUGGCGAAGGAGGUGCAGAACCAGGUGCAGGGGAAAAUUUCUGGCAAUGGUUUCAAGAAACGAAAGGAAGUGAGAAGGGGCCUGUCAGUGGCAGCAUCAGCUGUCCAGAGGAGACUGAGAGGCUUUGUCAAAUGACCUACAAAUAUUUACGCAAGUACAAGAUCAGGACCAUUUUUGAUGCGUCAUGCGCGAAUAACGGGGACUGGAUGCCAGAGGUUCUUCGGAAAUCUGGGAACGAGCUCUGGGGAUUCAAAUAUUAUUGCAGUGUGCCGAAAGAUGAACAACUGGACUAUGUGAAAGAGAAAUUUGCCUCUCUCAACUUCGUCGAAUAUGCCCCAGAUGUGUGGUGGAGAGAUGGAUAUCCAGACGACACAGAGCUUCUUUUUGCGUGGGACACAUUACCGCAUAUUGCCUACGGCCGUGUUUGGAAUUUCUUUGUGAAGGCAAAAAAACAGGAAAUCAAGUACAUAUUGGUUGACAAUUACCCUGGAAUGACGAACGAUCCCGUACGUCGUUGCCGCGCAUCCCUUCCGUGUAUGAAGCUUUGA